AUGACGGGGGUACUGGAGAACUCAGCAGAUUGCAUGUCCACUGGUAUGGGGCCUGUCGCUGCAGCUCAGUGGACUACCAACUACUCUUCCCUCCCUCCGCUCCCCGCUCUUUUACUGGCGUUCUUUCUCUUUGUCCUCUCACUUUCUCUUUGUACUUUCUCUCUCUUUCUCUCCUCGCUUGUGCUCUCUUUCUCUCCUCGCUUGCGCUCUCUUUCUCUCCUCGCUUGCGCUCUCUUUCUCUCCUCGCUUGCGCUCUCUUUCUCUCCUCGCUCGCGCUCUCUUUCUGUCCUCGCUUGCGCUCUCUUUCUGUCCUCGCUUGCGCUCUCUUUCUGUCCUCGCUUGCGCUCUCUUUCUGUCCUCGCUUGCGCUCUCUUUCUGUCCUCGCUUGCGCUCUCUUUCUGUCCUUGCUUGUGCUCUCUUUCUCUCCUCGCUCGUGCUCUCUUUCUGUCCUCGCUCGUGCUCUCUGUCUGUCCUCGCUCGUGCUCUCUUUCUCUCCUCGCUCGUGCUCUCUUUCUCUCCUCGCUCGUGCUCUCUUUCUGUCCUCGCGCUCUCUUUCUGUCCUCACGCUCUCUUUCUGUCCUCACGCUCUCUUUCUCUCCUCGCUCGUGCUCUCUUUCUGUCCUCACGCUCUCUUUCUCUCCUCGCGCUCUCUUUCUCUCCUCGCUCGUGCUCUCUUUCUCUCCUCGCUCGUGCUCUCUUUCUCUCCUCGCUCGUGCUCCCUUUCUCUCCUCGCUCGCGCUCUAUCUUUACUCGCGUACUCUCUUUCUCUCCUCGCGUGCUCUUUCUCUCCUCGCUCGUGCUCUCUUUCUCUCCUCGCUCGUGCUCUCUUUCUCUCCUCGCUCGUGCUCUCUUUCUGUCCUCCUCCCCGCUCUCUUAGGUAGAGGUCAAGAUGCAGAAGACCGAGUGGAUCAGGUGGGAGAAGCUGGAGGGAGAGGGACAGGAGCCCAACGUCAAACAAUUCAUCCCCAACCAGUACCCGUCAUCGUCUGCCUCCAGGCGUAACUGGGACAAGGUGGUGGGGGACAUC